AUGUGGAGGAGUUGCAUGCAAAAAAGAGCAACAGCCAAAGAAAGAGAGGAGAACCGAGAAAAAAAUAUUAAAGAAGAAGCCCAGCGUCUUAAUGAUGAUUCUGAUGGAGGCAGGAGAGAAGUUGAUGAUAGAGAUUUCGAGAAUGGUUGGAUGAAGGGUAAGCGUCAGAUCCUGGAGCUGGAGAACCUCGCUUUUGACCAAGGUGGUUUCCUGAGGGAGAAUAAGAAGUGUAAGCUUCCCCCUAUAUAUGUUUAA